AUGAAAGAUGGCAAAGGACUGAAAAAAGGCCUGGUGCAACAAUGGCAAAACACCACCAAUGCCAUGGACAAGUUUGCCUUCUUGAAGGCGUUUCUUUUGGACCGCGACAUGGGCAGCAUCCAGGUCGAAGCUUAUUACGAAGAGAUGAGCGAGCAGUCCGAGAAAGAGAAGUUUGUGGAACUCCCAUUAUGCCAGAUCAUCGAAAAGUACGGUCAUCUCCCCGGUGGGGAGCAGUUUGUCAAAGACAUCCACGCAAGCCAAGUGGGGAAGCGCCACCCACAAUCGGCAGAUCCAAAUUGGCGCAUUUACAAGAUCUUCAAGGAGAUCGAAGCAUCGAGAUGCUUAGCAGCAUAUUCUGGUAGUAUGAUUUCAAUCAUGCUACUGUCACUCAUGCAUAUCCCGCAUAGCCUAUACACAUGA